GAAAAUUUAUUAAAUUUUUUAAAUAAUUCUAAUAAAUUAUUGCAAUAUGCUAAUACGUAAUUGCUUGCUUCUAGAUUUUCGGCAAAAAUACAGAUGUAUGUGUAAAAUGAGUAUUUUUACUCAAAAUAUAAACCCAAUCACUGGUCUUACCAGUUGGGAGGAAAGAGAUCCAGAUUAUGAUUAUUAUCAAGAAAUUGCUAGAUCAGCUUUCGCUGACAUGCUGCAUGAUCAUGAACGAAAUUAUAAGUAUUAUUUAGGGAUAAAAGCUGCUAUUGAUAAAAAGCAUAAAGCAAAGGAAGAGGCCAAUGUUUUAGAUAUUGGAACUGGAACUGGUUUAUUGUCGAUGAUGGCUGCCAAAUGUGGUGCCGAUAGUAUUGUUGCAUGCGAAACUUUUAAACCAAUUGCUGAAUGUGCCAAAAGAAUAAUAGAUAAGAAUGGCUUUAGCAAUAAAAUUAAAUUGAUUUAUAAAAGGUCUACCAAGUUAACGGUUGGAAAAGAUGGUGAUUUAUUGAAACGAGCCAAUAUAUUAGUUACAGAAGUAUUUGACACUGAACUUAUUGGAGAAGGUGCACUUUCCACUUUUAAACAUGCACAAGAUUUUCUUUUAGAGAAAGAUAGUAUUGUAGUACCUAGUAGUGGAACAAUUUGGGUCCAAGUAGUGGAAAGUCAUUUAGUCAAAGGCUGGAAUAGAGUCAAUCCUAUAAAAUAUAAAAAUAAUGAAGAAAAUUUAAUCGAAGCUCCAGACAUUACACAAGUUUGUUCCGGAGCAUCUGCAGUUCAUGAUAUACAACUUUCACAAUUACCAGAAGGCUCCUUUAAUACACUUAUAGAACCACAACCUAUUUUUAAAUUUGACUGGACUGGUAAAAUUCCAUUAAAAUUCAAUGAUAAUGUUAUUUUACCCGUAAAACCUAUUGCCAAAGGCAUAGCUCAUGCUGUUUUUAUGUGGUGGGAUUUAAAUAUGGAUAUGGAUGGUCAGAUCCAAUUGAGCUGUGCACCAGUAUGGGCACAUCCAGAUGCUCAAUUUGAUCUUAAAAAUGGCGAACAUUUUAAAAAUGUAGUUGACAAGAUUCCUUGGAGAGAUCAUUGGAUGCAAGCUAUUUAUUAUCUACCAAAUGACUGUUACUUAUCUCCAGAAAAAGAAACAUUGCUAAUAGGUUCGCACGAUGAAUACUCCUUCUGGUUCUCAUUGAAUAAUGAGCAAAAAAAUGCAAUUGAAGAUUUUAAGAGGCCAAUAUGUGAAUGCUGUGUACAUUUAGCAUUUUCUAGAACGCGAAUCGGUCAGUGGAAUGAUGAAAAUAGGACUCAUAAAUAUUUAGAAGCACUGCGCAAAAAAAUAACUCCAGAUUUGGUGUGCCUGUGUCUCACCGAUACCUCACUUUUAGGGCUAUCAAUUGCAAAAAUGGGGAUUAAAAAAUUAUAUUUACUUGAAACUAAUUCUUUAUCUCGAAAAACAGUUAAAAUGUUUAUAAGUAAAAACAAUCUUGAUGAUAUUGUAACAAUUAUUGAUUCAAUCGAUAAUUUACCAUCAAGUGAUAAGAUAAAUUUAGUAUUUGCUGAACCUUAUUAUGUUACUUCAAUUCUCCCUUGGGAUAAUUUACAUUUUUGGUACCUGUCAUCUAAAUAUUCUUCUCCACAUAUUACAUUUAUUCCAAAAAGAGCUGUAAUUAAAGCAGUGCCUAUGGAAUUUAAGGAUCUUCAAAAAAUACGAGCUAAUUUAGGGAUCUGCGAAGGUCUUGAUAUGACCGUUUUUGAUAAUUUGGUACAGUCUUCGAGUGUCAAAACCGAUAGCCCCGUAGAAGCUCAACCUCUUUGGGAAUAUCCAGGAAAAUCUCUUAGUUUACCAUUUACAAUAGCAGAAUUUAAUUUUAAUGAUGACGUAUACAAGCAAAUACGAAUCAACUCAUUUCAAGAAAUUCCUUUUAUUAUUGAUGGAGUUUGCAAUGGGAUUGCAAUUUGGGUCAAUUGGGAUCUUGAUGAUGAUAUAGUUGUAACAUCUGGACCAAUUGAAGAGAUAAUUCCUGGAUCAAGAAUAUCAUGGGAUCCUUAUACAAGACAAGGCGUACAAUUAUUUAGUGAAACUGUGCACGUUACAAAUAAAAGUAUUCUUAUGUCAUCAUUUAAUUUUAAUCCUGAAGAAGGAAGAAUUCAAUUUAAUUUUGAAUUGAAGAAUAAAUAA